AUGCUGUUUGUUCCUUACCAAACUACCGAGAAGUCAAAUAAGCUGCGCAUAGAAUAUGCGUUGUUCUUUGGAGGAGCGGGCAGUUCAUGUUCAUGUGCUACCCCUCCAGUCUGUCCUCCUCCUAUUCCAGUACCAUCUUGUGCUCCAGCUUCUGGUGGAUCGUAUGCCAGCGCCCCAUACAAGCCACUGUUUUCGGCAUCGCAACGAAUGGAGCCGGCCUACUUACUUGUUCCACCAGCUGCUCCACCAGUUCCUCUACCUCCAUUUGAUGGAAACAUUGCUCCGGUUCAAAAAGUCGAUCAUUCUACCUCAGGUGGACCGGGGCCCAGCAAAUUGAAGUCGAAUGAUGCGUCUGAUAUGUACAUGGCGCCAAGUUCUGAACCACGUGCUCGUCGUGACAGCGAAGUAGCAUUCGAUGCAAAAUGUAACUCUGAAGCUCUCAGAGAGAUAAUUCUUGAGAACAUGCAUGGAACAACGGCGGAAUCUAAACGUCAGAUCCAGGAAGUUGCCACAGAGGAACUUGGCGGGAGAAUCGACGUAAUUUGUUCGACGGGUUCUUUCUCUUAUAUUGUGAACACGGAGUACUACUGUGAAGCUGAAUCGAAUGGUUUAACCUGCUUGGCAUUCCGACAGUCGUCUUGA